CCCCAGAGCAACGGACGUGAGAUCGUGUAUAUUUUUGUGGGCUGUGUAUUGCUUUAUCGUCGAGCGUCGGUAAAACUGAACGUAAAACGAAUAAACUGAACGAAAGAGCCAAUUUGAAAAUAUAGUGAAUUGGAAAAGCCAAAAUAAAUGAAUUUAAAGUUAAAUAAACAAAGCAAGAAAAGAUUAAAAAAGCAAACCAACUAUAAAACAAGAUUUUCUUAUAAAUUUGGUUAAAUCAUGGCUGUUUUUAUUAGCCUUAAUUACAAUUUAUUAGAGGGAUAAAAGAAAAUACUGCUUAAAACUAAUGAAAUUGGAAGCUGGAAGAAAAAGCACUUUAUAAAAUCAAAAAAAUUGGUGGAAUUAAAGAAAUAAGAUCUAAAUUGAUCUGUCUAAAGCAACAAAAAAUAAAAACUAAUUUGAAAAUUAUAUAUUAAAAAUCCUCUAAAUUCCAAGGCAAUGUGGAGUUGUUAAUCAUCUGACCUUCAACAACAUGGUGAAGAUCGAGGAGGGAUUGCCGUCCAGCGAGAUUAGCAGCCAUAGUCACCACUUUCAGCACCACCCACACCACCCACUGCCGCCCACCACCCACCAUCAUCCGCAUCCGCUGCAAAAUACCCAUCCCGUUGGCCUCAAUCUCACGAAUCUCAUGAAAAUGGCCAGGACACCACAUUUGAAGUCCAGUUUCUCCAUUAAUGCCAUUUUACCCGAGACUUUGGAGCAUCACGAUGACGACGACGAGGAGGAGGAAGUGGAUAAGAAACCCCCGGCGAAAUUCCCACCCAAUCAUAAUAAUAACAAUCUAAAUGCCAGCACCUGGGGUUCCGAGGAUCAGGAGGCGGAAAGUGAUCCCGAAUCGGAUUUGGAUGUGACCUCCAUGUCGCCGGCACCAGUUGUCAAUCAAAACGAAAGCGAUGCGGAGGAAGCGGAUGAGGAGUUCGUGGAGGAGGACAUAGAGUGUGAUGGUGAGACCACCGAUGGCGAUGCCGAAAACAAGUCCACGGAUGGCAAGCCGGUGAAGGAUAAAAAGGGUAACGAGAAGCCACCGUAUAGCUACAAUGCCCUGAUCAUGAUGGCCAUACGCCAGAGCCAGGAGAAGAGGUUAACCCUGAAUGGCAUCUACGAGUACAUAAUGACCAAUCAUCCCUACUACAGGGACAACAAACAGGGGUGGCAGAACUCCAUAAGGCACAAUUUGAGUCUAAACAAAUGCUUUGUGAAGGUGCCCCGGCAUUACGAUGAUCCUGGCAAGGGCAACUACUGGAUGUUGGAUCCCUCGGCGGAGGAUGUCUUCAUUGGCGGAUCCACGGGGAAGUUGAGGCGAAGGACAACGGCUGCUUCCCGCUCGAGACUGGCCGCGUUUAAGAGAUCCCUGAUAGGUCCCAUGUUCCCUGGACUAGCUGCCUAUCCGCAGUUUGGUCAAUUCUUAGCCUAUCCGCCGACGGCGCCAAGUUUGCUGGCCAGCAUGUACCAGCGUUACAAUCCUUUUGCACCGAAAAGUGGACCAGGACUGCCGGGUAUGCCACCGGGAUUAGCUGGACCUCCGGGACCCCAAGGACAUCCUCCCCCGCCACCGCCCCCCUUUGUGGCACCACCACCCACGAGCAGUGAACUCUACCAGCGAUUGCAGUACCAACAGCUGUUGCAUCAACAUGCCGCAGCCGCCGCUCUAGCCGCCCAUCAAAGGCAACUUUCGGUCGCUGCCUCGCCCCACCACGCCCACCUGGUGGCCACCCAGCCACCGCCCCUCUCGCCGCCCAGUCACUUGCAGGGCGGUGGUGGAGGGGACUCCCCCGGACCCUCGCCACAACCGCCCCCACUCAUCAAGCCCGUCACCGUCGUCUCACGCAACAGCUAAGGACUCCGGAAUAAUCGAAACGGAAGCAGCAGCUUCGCUAGCUCAUAAGUGUUCACUGUACAUAGAUAUAGCCGCGACUGAGGCGCUAGACGCUUGUAAAUAGAUGAAAAACUCGGGGGGGAAAUAACAUUAAAAGAAAAUCAAAACAGGAGCUAAAGAAGAAACCAGAUUCGGUCAACCGAAUUUAAUAGAAACCUUUGCAGAGUUGGACAGUAAAAAGUAUUAAUAACAAUUUUAAAAGCCAAGUGAAAGCACAAAAUCUUUGUUUUUGUUUAAUUAUGUC